AUAUCGGAUCUCCCUUUGCGAGUCCGGUCACCGCCCAUUGCCCCCAAACUCUUUCCGCCAUUCUUUAAAUUCGAAUUCUCCCCCCUCGGCCGCCACUCUCAGCCUCCAUGCGGAUCCUUAAUCCAAUCCCUCUUUUCCUCCUCCGUGACUAAGAAGAAUUCGGAGUCUUAGAGAUCAGAGAAGAAGAAGUAAGAAGAAGAAUCCGAAGCUAGUUCCGGUAGGGAUGCCGGAGGCGAGGGACUGGGUGCUGCAGGCAGCAGGUGCGGCGACGACGGAGCUCGCUGGCGGCUUCCUUAUCCGGAGGGGGGCGUCGCCGAUGCCGGCUGCGGAAUCGGGUAGGGUCCUGAGCCGCAGGGUCGCGGACGGCAAGGAGAACAUCCCUCCGUGGGCCGUGACGCGGAGGAGGAAGAGCCCGCUGCCGAAGUGGUAUCCUCGGACUCCUCUUCGGGACAUCACCUUCAUCCUCAACGCCCUGGAGAGGAGAAGAAGCCAUUUGCGAGCAGCACAGGCUCAACCGAGGGACCAUGACCCUGAAGCAACUCCACAACCCACACUUCCCACAAAUCCCUUGCCGCAGGAACCAAGCAUUUCUGAACUGACUCCACAGGAACCGAAUGUUUCUGAACAGACUCCAGUCAACCAAUUCCUCCCAUCUGAUACUUCUGAACCCUCCUCAACUUCCACGGUCACGAGUUUUACCCCACCUUCUCCAAUUGAGCAUCCACUGCAGACAUCUUCCUCCUUCAGUUCCCUUACUCCACCAGUUCAGCACCCUCCUCUGACCGUAUCUAUCACUACCAAUCUUGCAUCCAAUGAUUCGAAACCUACUGAGUAUGAGAAGAACACAUCGAGCCCAAUUGAGCAUCCACUGCAGAGAUCUUCCUCUUACAGUACCCUUUUUCCAGCCGGGCACCCACCACUGACCGAAUGUGUUUCUACCGAUCUGGCACCCGAUAGUUCGAAGCCGACUGAGUAUGAGAAGAAGCGGUCAAGGCCAAUCGAGCAUCCACCGCAGCCAUCUCCCUCUCCCGUUUCCCUUUCCUCAGCUGAGCAUCCACUGCAGACUGUAUUUGUUUCUAGCGAUCAUGCAGACCAUGAUUCAAAGCAAACUGAAUAUGGGAAGAAGCUGUUGAGCUCCAUUGAUGAGAUUGAAAGGGUUGUGAUGAAAAAUCUGAAGAGGACCCCGAAGUUGCCAGCCAGGAAGGUGACAUAUAAGAGCACUCUUAUGUCAUUGCGAUGAGUGAAACAAUUUCGUUUCGCCAACUGAAGUGGAGAAAAUUUUGGAGGAGGUUCAUCGUCUGAUGAGAUUCUUUUUCUGCCCUAUCUGCUGAUAAGUCAGUAACUUCGCUGCCUUUUUCGCUACUUUACCACCCCGCCAACUUAUCUCAAUUUGGUUUGGGGAUUCUGCUGCUGCUCUUCCUUCCAUAUCCAAGUUUCUGCAGGGACUUUGAUUCCGGUUUGAGUUUGUUCAGACCUUCGUCCAUGUAGGACUGUUCUCUGUUUCUGUACUAGAGAAAGACCUCCCCGUAUCUUCUGUCGUUCUUCUUUGUUUUGGGUUUCUGUUAAUCGAUGUAGCUUGAGGACCUUCCAUAAUAAACUUUGGAUCUUUCCCUAUAGCUAUAUAUAUGUAAAGAAAACAAUGAUAUAAUUUUGAUCUCUCGCUCUUUCCUCUCC